AUGUCCAACAUCUCUCUAAUCCAGGCAAGCGAGUUCCAUACCUACUUCAGCCAACAGCGACAGAGUAUUUGUGAUGGUCUCAACUCGUCGUCCGACCUGUCCGACCUCAAUUCGAAGAUAUCAGAUCUACGCACUCGUGUCGAUCAGAUAUCAGCUUUGAUACCUGUUUACGAUAGAGUUAAAUAUGAUAAACAAUUAACAGAGUUGGAAAGACAAGUAUCAUCUAUAAGGACGAUGGAUAAACCAAAGUCGAAAUUUAGUUUUAAUAAAUCAAAAAAGUCUAGCAGUACCAAGUAUUCCUCUACACCCAAACCGGGAAUCUCAUCAUCAUCUCAACCUCAGGGUGAAGUAUCCACAUUCACAUCAAUUUCGUCACCCAAUACUCAUACCAUAUCUAAUCUCUCUCACCGAUUGAUCCGACCCCCUAAAGAUGUUAUCGGAACAUACACCCUAUCCCUCUCGAACCUCUCAGACUGUAUCAUAGAUCUUCGUUCGGGUGUACAUGACGACAGGCAUGGAGAGACCAAGGAUCAAGCUAGGUUGACAGCUGUACAUGGGAAAUCUCUCGAGAGGUGUGUGGUAAUCACGCCAGUGGUAGGAGGAAGUAUAUUGUUGAAUGAGGUUAGAGGGAGCUUGCUGGUACUGGGCUGUCAGCAGUUCCGUAUCCACUCUUCAUCAGAUACUACUAUCCUCCUUCAUGUCGACUCCUUACCAGUUAUUGAACACUGUACUAAACUCAAGUUUGGAUCUUAUCCUUAUGGAUUGCAUGAUGAGAAUACCAACCUGAACCUGAACUUAAAUUAUCAGAAAGUGCAAGAUUUCGAUUGGCCUCUACCUACUCCUUCACCCAAUUGGAUUCUCCUAUCAACAGACGAGCAAUCAGAUCAGGAACAUGGUUCGUUGAUAAGGACGAUAGAAGGCGUGAGAAGUGACGAAGAGGUCGAUGAGAUAGUAAGAUCACUUCUAAAUUCGAACACAGAUAGUUCGUAG